AUGGAGCAGGACACCCAACUGAGUAUGAACAUGUAUAGCUGGGGCGGAAACGAGUGGCUGGGAACAGGAAUACAAACUUGGGAAAAUCUAUGUAGAGAAUACCGUCCAACGGAAGAAAGGAACGUACAAGAAGACCAGCAGGAGAAUAAAGAAGGAGGAGACUGGCUGAAAAAUUACCUAAAAACCGCAUGGGUUGACAGCUUGAGGGUACGAUAUGAAGCUACGAAGGGGGAAGAUUGGACAGGAAACGGCAAACUAAACAACAAGCAGGACCUGAUCUAUUCGUGGAAGGGAUUAAUACUGAACGUUGUACAUCAAAUGAGGAACUCCCCGGCCCUCAGUACCUCCUGUGUGGAACAAGAGGAUAAAUCCAAAGCAGAGGCGACUAUCCAAUCUGCUAAAUGGGGGGAUAUCUUGUGGAGAGAAAUAUGCAAAAACAAAACAGAAGCAGCAACUAUCAUGGGUACUCUGCAGUGUAUUUUGAAGAUAUGGAGUCGAAGGUCUGACUCAGAUCAUUUGAAUGAGGAAGCUCUGACUCAGGAGUGUAAAGAAGUAUUGAGAAGAUUACAGGCAGAAGAGGGCACAUGGAACGGGUGGAUAAAAAUCCCAGGCCAAAAGAGGUCGAUGAGUUGUUUAAACCUGGAGGGUAGCAAUAGCACACUCAAUGAAGAUUCACAGAAGAUCGGGUUGGUACUGAGUAUCUAUCGAGUAAUAGAGGAAUUAUGCCCCAAAUGUGGACCGUAUUCAUUGACCCAGUGGCUAAAAGGACCUGCACAAAGUCACGCAUCCAAGUCUCGGCUCUAUUGCUCAAUAAGACGACAUGAGUUAAGAUGUUAUAAUAACCCAACGGAGACGGGGGCAGGAACCCAGUAUAUGUUAUAUACCAAGCAGCACCCAUCAACCCAAACAGAUACCACAGGACAGGGAGCCACUGAACUCUCCGAGCAGGAACAUCUCCAGAGCGGCCUACCGAAAAUAAAGCAACCGGAUAGUCCUUCUCCCCGAAUCAUGCCGGACAUGGCUGGAUCUAAGGGUCCGGAAUCAACGACAGAUGAGCAAGGGUAUGGAGUUAAUUUAGGCACGAGACAGCUUGACGAGUUGACAGGGACGGGUAAUCAUUUCAACGGACCCACGCCUGGCAAAGGAGCACUAGUCUCACGAACAGGGAACGAAAGCGGUAUUCCGGAUUCUGAUGAGACGUCAACAAGGACUGAAAGGCCCCAGCAGGUACAGUCAGCCCCUGGCUCUGUGGCUGGGACUUCGCUAGAUAGUACCGGACCCACCACCUCAGUGGGAGGAGAUGAACUCUCCAAGAGUUCUAUAUCCGGUGGGACACAGGCGGGGUUGGGGGGAAUCAUUGCAGGAGUCCUAACAGCCAUAGUCUUAGGGGCGGGAAGUUUAUAUGGGGGAUGGAGAGUAGUGAAGAAACGUGGGGGAGCCGCCCGAGGACUUAGGGGUAGGCCCACUAGGACCAUAACGUAUGGAACGGGACAUGGUCUCAACGGCUACCAAACAGGGAGGAUCUAA